GCAGCGAGCGCGCGGAGGGGCGCGCACCCGACGGAUGUCCCAGCAGGGGCGGGCGAGCGCCAGGUAGUUCCAGUUUGCCAGCAGAAUGAGUUCAGAAAGAGACUCAGAAACAACAUUUGAGGAGGACUCUCAGCCUAAUGACGAAGUGGUUCCCUAUAGUGACGAUGAAACAGAAGAUGAGCUCGAAGACCAGGGACCUGCGGUUGAGCCAGAACAGAAUCGAGUCAACAGAGAAGCAGAGGAAAACCGGGAGACAUUCCGAAAAGAUUGUACGUGGCAAGUCAAGGCAAAUGAUCGAAGCUUCCAUGAACAGCCUCAAUUUAUGAACACAAAGUUUUUUUGUAUUAAGGAGAGCAAAUAUGCAAGUAAUGCAAUUAAAACAUACAAGUAUAAUGCCUUUACCUUUCUACCGAUGAAUUUGUUUGAGCAGUUUAAGAGAGCAGCCAAUUUCUAUUUCCUGGUCCUUCUUAUCUUACAGGCAAUUCCUCAGAUCACGACCCUGGCAUGGUACACCACCCUGGUGCCCUUGCUCUUGGUGCUGGGCAUCACGGCCAUCAAAGACCUGGUAGACGACGUGGCUCGCCAUAAAAUGGAUAAUGAAGUCAACAAUAGGACGUGUGAGGUCAUUAAGGACGGCAGGUUCAAAAUUGCCAAGUGGAAAGAGAUUCAAGUUGGAGAUGUCAUUCGGCUGAGAAAAAAUGAUUUUAUUCCCGCUGACAUCCUGCUUCUGUCCAGCUCUGAGCCCAACAGCCUCUGCUAUGUUGAAACAGCUGAACUGGAUGGAGAAACCAAUCUCAAGUUCAAAAUGGCACUUGAAAUCACACACCAGCAUCUCCAGAGAGAAAAUUCACUGGCGACAUUUGAUGGUUUUAUUGAAUGUGAGGAACCCAAUAACCGACUGGAUAAGUUUACAGGAACACUGUUUUGGAGAAACAUGAGUUUUCCUUUGGAUGCUGAUAAAAUUUUAUUACGUGGCUGUGUAAUUAGGAACACUGACUUCUGCCAUGGGUUGGUCGUUUUUGCAGGUGCUGACACGAAAAUCAUGAAAAAUAGUGGGAAAACCAGAUUCAAAAGAACUAAAAUUGAUUACUUGAUGAACUACAUGGUUUAUACGAUCUUUGUUGUUCUCAUCUUGCUUUCUGCUGGUCUGGCCAUCGGCCAUGCUUACUGGGAAGCUCAAGUCGGCAAUUAUUCUUGGUACCUCUAUGACGGACAAGACUUUACACCCUCCUACCGUGGAUUCCUAAAUUUCUGGGGCUAUAUCAUUGUUCUAAACACCAUGGUGCCCAUCUCUCUCUAUGUCAGCGUGGAAGUGAUCCGGCUGGGACAGAGUUACUUCAUAAAUUGGGACCUGCAGAUGUACUACCCUGAGAAGGACACGCCCGCCAAGGCCAGGACCACCACGCUGAAUGAGCAGCUUGGCCAGAUCCAUUACAUCUUCUCUGAUAAGACAGGGACACUCACGCAAAACAUCAUGACCUUUAAGAAGUGCUGCAUCAACGGGCAAAUCUAUGGAGACCAUCGGGAUGCCUCCCAGAACAGUCACAGCAGGAUAGAGCAAGUGGAUUUCAGCUGGAACACGUUCGCUGACGGGAAGCUGGCAUUUUACGACCACUAUCUUAUCGAGCAAAUCCAGUCAGGGAAAGAGUCGGAGGUUCGGCAGUUUUUCUUCUUGCUCGCAGUGUGCCACACAGUCAUGGUGGAUAGAAUUGACGGUCAGCUCAACUACCAGGCAGCCUCUCCUGAUGAAGGCGCUCUGGUGAGCGCUGCCAGGAACUUUGGCUUUGCCUUCCUCGCCAGGACCCAGAACACAAUCACCAUCAGUGAAUUGGGAACCGAGAGGACCUACAACGUUCUUGCCAUUCUGGACUUCAACAGUGACCGGAAGCGAAUGUCUAUAAUUGUAAGAACCCCAGAAGGCACCAUCAGGCUUUAUUGCAAAGGCGCUGACACGGUGAUUUAUGAAAGGUUACACCAGGUGAAUCCAACAAAACAAGAGACACAGGAUGCCCUGGAUAUCUUUGCAAGUGAGACUCUUAGAACCCUGUGCCUUUGCUACAAGGAAAUUGAAGAAAAAGAAUUUGAAGAAUGGAAUAAAAAGUUUAUGGCCGCCAGUAUAGCCCCAACCAACCGGGAUGAAGCUCUGGAUAAAGUGUACGAGGAGAUUGAAAAAGACUUAAUUCUAUUGGGAGCUACGGCUAUUGAAGACAAGUUACAGGAUGGAGUCCCAGAAACCAUUUCAAAACUUGCGAAAGCUGACAUUAAGAUCUGGGUGCUUACUGGAGACAAAAAGGAAACUGCUGAAAAUAUAGGAUUUGCUUGUGAACUUCUGACUGAAGACACCACUAUCUGCUAUGGGGAAGAUAUAAAUGCUCUUCUUCAUACAAGGAUGGAAAACCAGAGGAAUAGAGGUGGAGUCUAUGCAAAAUUUUUACCCCCUGUGCACGAACCCUUUUUCCCAUCUGGUGAAAACCGUGCUUUAAUAAUCACUGGUUCUUGGUUGAAUGAAAUUCUUCUGGAGAAAAAGACCAAGAGAAGUAAGAUUCUGAAGCUGAAGUUCCCGAGGACGGAAGAAGAAAGACGGAUGCGAACGCAGAGUAAAAGGCGCCUGGAAGCCAGGAAAGAGCAGCAGCAGAAGAACUUUGUAGACCUGGCCUGUGAGUGCAGUGCGGUCAUCUGCUGCCGGGUCACCCCCAAGCAGAAGGCAAUGGUGGUGGACCUGGUGAAGAGGUACAAGAAGGCCAUCACGCUGGCGAUUGGAGACGGAGCCAAUGAUGUAAACAUGAUCAAAACUGCCCACAUUGGUGUUGGAAUAAGUGGACAAGAAGGCAUGCAGGCGGUCAUGUCGAGUGACUACUCCUUCGCCCAGUUCAGAUACUUGCAGAGACUGCUGCUGGUGCACGGCCGCUGGUCUUACAUAAGGAUGUGCAAGUUCCUACGAUACUUCUUUUAUAAAAACUUUGCAUUUACUUUGGUUCAUUUCUGGUACUCCUUCUUCAAUGGGUACUCUGCACAGACGGCGUACGAGGACUGGUUCAUCACGCUCUACAACGUGCUCUACUCCAGCCUGCCCGUGCUCCUCAUGGGGCUGCUGGACCAGGAUGUGAGUGACAAACUGAGCCUCCGCUUCCCUGGGCUGUACAUAGUAGGACAGAGAGACUUACUAUUCAACUACAAGAAAUUCUUCGUAAGCUUGGUGCAUGGAAUUUUAACAUCGAUGAUCCUCUUCUUCAUACCUCUUGGAGCCUAUCUGCAAACUGUGGGGCAGGAUGGAGAGGCGCCUUCAGACUACCAAUCUUUUGCUGUGACGAUUGCUUCUGCCCUUAUAAUAACAGUCAACUUCCAGAUUGGCUUGGAUACUUCUUACUGGACCUUUGUGAAUGCUUUUUCAAUUUUUGGAAGCAUUGCACUUUAUUUUGGCAUCAUGUUUGACUUUCAUAGCGCUGGGAUACAUGUUCUCUUUCCAUCUGCAUUUCAAUUUACAGGCACAGCAUCCAACGCCUUGAGACAGCCGUACAUUUGGCUGACCAUCAUCCUAACCGUCGCGGUGUGCUUACUGCCCGUGGUCGCCGUCCGUUUCUUGUCAAUGACCAUCUGGCCAUCAGAAAGUGACAAGAUCCAGAAGCACCGCAAGCGCUUGAAAGCCGAGGAGCAGUGGAAGCGGCGGCAGCAGGUGUUCCGCCGGGGCGUGUCCUCGCGGCGCUCCGCCUACGCCUUCUCGCACCAGCGCGGCUACGCGGACCUCAUCUCCUCCGGGCGCAGCAUCCGGAAGAAGCGCUCCCCGCUAGACGCGAUCAUCGCCGAUGGCACGGCGGAGUACCGGCGCACCGUGGAGAGCUGACGCGGCUGCCGCGGGGCCAUCACGCACGCGCGCACAGACGUCUAUUUUUUUAUGAAAGACU